AUUAUUUUUUAUAUAUGCGUGAUAAGUUGAGAAAAGAGCCUUGAGAAUAAGGAUACAAAAAUCAUUGAGACGAGAUAAAUGGAGAAUAAAAAGAGUUUAGUUGCAAUUACUAGAUGCUAAUAAUAAAACUGGUAAGAAGUACAUUAUGGAAGCAUUGAAGAGAUUGUUGGAGAACCAAAAGCUCAAAUCAAACGAAAUCGAAUUUGUGCGAGUUGAAAUGGAAGAUAUACAUGGUAUAUCGAGAGGUUUAACGUUAGAUAUCGAUCAUUUUAUCCGUUGUAUCGAUACUGGUGUUCCACUUUGUAAAUCAACGAACGCGUGGACGGUUCAUGGACAGUAUGUGCCUAAAACUGGUUUACAAGAAGAAAUCGAUUACGAAAAUGGUUUCCUUUAUCCAAAUUUAGAAACUUUUCGGGUUUUACCAUGGAAGAAGAACACAGCUUCUGUUCUUGGAGAUUUGAGGCUGGAGUAUGAUAAUAUGGAAAGUUCGUUUAUGCAAUCUCACUCUCGUGCUAUUUGUAAAAAACAGAUAGGGAGGUUGCGUGAAAAGAAUUGGCAGAUUUUUGGAGCAUAUGAAUUCGAGUUUUACAUUCUGAAUAAAGUGGACAAAUCACCUGUUUUUAAGGAAGUUAAUAUGUUUUCCACCUUCGAUACUUCAAGACAUGAUUUCUUGUUACAAAACAUCUCAAGGAACAUGAAACAAAUGGAAAUAAUGCCAGAGCUAUACCAUGUGGAAUACGGGCCGUCGCAGUACGAACUAACAAUGAGACCGUCUUUUGGAAUUACGCUAUGUGAUAAUGCGUUUCGUUUCAGACAUCUUGCCAAAGAAAUUGCAGCAUCACAAAAUCAGCUUGUUACAUUUAUGUCAAAACCAUUUUCAAGUUCUAGCGGAUCCUCUGGUCAUUUUAACCACUCCUUGUGGGAUUUAGACGGCAACAACCUUUUCUAUGACAAGGAAAAUAAAAAUCAUUUAUCCGAGCUUGGUCAGCAAUGGCUAGCUGGUUUGAUUUUUCAUUCAAAGACUUUAAUGUGUCUUGCUUGCCCAACUCCCAAUUGCUACGAUCGUCGCAACAGUGGCGUCUUUGCUGCCACGACUGAUCUAUGGGGGUUUGAUAAUCGAAGCGUAACAUAUCGAGUCAAAAUGAUGAACGAAAAUGGUACGUAUAUUGAAAACCGGAAGCCAGGAGCAGCUGUCAAUCCAUAUCUUUUGACUGCCGCCAGCAUAAUUGCUGGUAUGGAUGGGAUAAAGAAAGGGAUGACGUUGACCAUGCCACCAUAUAAAGGAGAUGUUGCCAUCUCGGUUAACUUGCCUGCAGCAAUGAAGACUCUUCCAAAAUCGUUAGAGGAAUCUUUAAAACAUUUAAAGGAGAAUGAUUUGUUUGUGCGAGAACUUGGCGAUGAAUUCAUGAAAUGCUUUACAGCUAUUAAAUCAGCUGAAGAGGAAGAGACAAGUAAAAUUAAAGAAUGCGAGAGAGAACAGUGGUAUUUAGAUAAUUAUACACGCUAUCUUUAGCUGUGAAAAAUGUUUUCAAGACUGAGGGAAAGAUUCACAUCAGAAAAUUUGCUUGUUGCUUGCUCGUUGUCUACUUGGGACUUGGACUAUGUAUACUUUUUCGUUCUGUUGCUAAUAUUUCUCAACCUCCUCACAGGGGUCUUGUGGCCCCUGAGCCGCCGUUAUUACGGUGUGGCCGCUACCAACUUCAUCAACAAAGCAAAAUGCCAUGGGAACGAGGUUAAAUACUUGUUUCUUUGUUCGACAAAAAUUGUUACGAGGGAACAAAAAAAAACAUGCGGACAUAAUACUGAGAUUUAAAUUUUAUAAUACCAUUCUAGUUACAAGUUUAACCAGUUGUCAACUUCGUACCCAAAAAAUAUUGCACCCUUUUGACGUUGUUACGGUGAUACGAACAUGACCCUUGCGGCGAGCCUGUUCACAGGAUUAAUAUCACGCAGCCCGAUAUAAUUUAUGAAAUUUUUGACAUCGUAAAUCGUACGUUUUCUCUUAUCAUCAGGAAGUAACAAUCAGAUAGCGAAAACCAUGUGAUGCAAAUUUAACUACCUUUCUAGGCAAAGACUCCACAAAUUAUUAGUGACCUAAAUUUUUGAGUGACAGAAUUUUGACCGGCAAGGUAUUUAUAUAACUAUACAGCACGACACUUUUAAGGAAGCUUGUAGGACAUUCUUAUCCCGAUUCUUAUACCAAAAAUUGUGUUUCACUUUCACUUUCAAGAUAUAACCAUGUGA